AUGUCUUCGCCACAGCAGCAGCAGCUGCCUCCAGAGCGCUCGAUCUUCGGCGUGGACCCGCUCGAUGACUUUGCGACCAUGGUGGGAGACUGGAUCUACGCCAACUCUCAAGGCCGCUCCAACGUCGAGAUCGAGGGCAAAAUCGGUCAAAUCAUAGACCAGGAAACGGGCGAGAGGAUACAAUUGCCCGUGCGCAACGAAACGGUCGUCGAUCUGAGCCGCACUCGUUUCGACAGCCGAAUGACCAUCUCGCAGCACGCCCAGUACAACCGCAUCCUCAACUCGCUCGUGUCGCGUUCGGGCGAGAGCUCGUAUACGGGCGCCAAAGUGAGCUAUCAGCGAAGAAAGGAGGUCGACUACUUUCAUCCGGCGCCAGGCGGCAAGGUGCGCGUCACCCGGGACGCCGAAACACUCGUCAUCAAACCGGAUGGCAUCAUCCAGAAGCAGAGGAUCGCCGACCUCAACAUCCACUGCCCGAAUCGACUGUUCGACUAUCGCAUCAGCAUCAACACCGAGGCACCCGCCGACAAGCCGACGUCCGAGCACGUCUCGAUCCGCGAAAAGAACCGCCUCUCGUACACGCAUCAGAACUUCAUCGUCGAUCUCACGCAGGUCACCGUGGCGGAGAAGCCGCAAGAGCCGAUCCACGAGCUCGAGAUCGAGAUUCGCGACGUGGCUCAGCUGAUGCAAGCCGCAUCGCAGGCCAAGGCCAAGGUCAACUCGAACGGGUCGGCGGCGAGCGCACAAGAGUGGACGCCGUUCGACGACCAAGUGCUCAUCUUCCUCAACAACAUCCGCAUGCUCAUCAGAAACGGCUCGGCGCCGGACGAGCGACGCUGA